AUGGGUUCGACACAGCCGGAAUUCAAAAACCCCGCCACCACCUCCCUCCUGGAGCUGGUCAAGGCCCGCCGCACCUACUACGGCCUCAAGGGCGAGAGUCCCAUCACCGACGAUGCCAUUGAGCACAUCGUCGCCAACGCCGUCCUGCACGUGCCCAGCUCCUUCAACACCCAGACCUCCCGCGUCGUCCUGUUGCUGAAGGAGGAGCACCACAAGGUCUGGGACCUGGCCAUCAGCGCCAUGGAGGGCCUCGUCGCCGCUGGCACCCUCCCCAAGGAGACCUUUGAGACCCAGACCAAGCCCAAGCUGAACGCCUUCCGCGCCGCCUACGGAACGGUUCUGUUCUUCGUCGACUUCGACUCCCUGGCCGGCAUCAAGGAGAAGUUUGCCAUUUACGCCGACAAGUUCGACCCCUUUGCCCUGGAAUCCAACGCCAUGUCCCAGUACCUGGUGUGGACCGCUCUGCAGUCCGAGGGCUUCGGCGCCAACCUGCAGCACUACAGCCCGCUCAUUGACGAGGCGGUGCAGAAGCAGUGGAACCUCCCGGCGUCAUGGAAGCUCGACGCCCAGCUGGUCUUUGGCGUGCCGACCUCAGAGCCCGGGGAGAAGGCGUUUGCGCCCCUGGAGGACCGCUUCAAGGUGUUUGGCAAAUAG